AUGCCCACCGAUCAGCACGAGGACUCGGUCGAGCCCACCGGCGAUGUUGAGAUGUCUGAGACCCAGAACACCCAGGAUACUGCGCCAGAGGCUACCCAAGAGGGCGAGGAGAAUGAGAAUGCCGACAACACCGAGCUACCUUUCGCCGACUCUGAGAUCGCAGAGCCUAGAGUUACCUUUGCAAAUUAUCUCAUGAGCCCAAUCGUCACCCUCCUCAUCGGAUCUGGCGACCAAUCUAUCCUCUCAGCACAUCAGGGACUUUUGACACAAAGUCCCUACUUCAAGGACAUUUGCGAUAGAUUUGUCGAGGACGGCGGCCCUCGUCAGAUUGAGCUACCCGACUACGACAUCGAGACCGUCGGCAGCUUCCUCGAAUACCUCUACACAGGCGAAUACUUCCCCAAGAAGCUUCCCGGCCAGCGCGUCCUCGAGUCCGACCCCUCAGUACCCUCGGUCGACAACAGCGGCGACCAGCUCCUCAAGCAUGCCCGCAUCUACACCCUCGCCGAGAAGUUUGGCGUCGCCGGUCUCAAGGGCCUCUCGAGCUCCAAGAUCCACUGCGUCAACUCCACAGCCAAGGGCGAGAUCGCAUACGCUCGCUACGUCUACGCCUACACCAGCAACGACGACACCACCAUCCGCGCCCCCGUCGCAAGCUUCUGGGCCACGCGCUCGCACACCCUGCGCGCCGAGGCGGAAGAGGAGUUCAAGGCUCUGUGUUUGGAGCACCCCCAGUUCGGAUACGAUGUUCUCACCCGUGUCUUGGACGACAAGCUCAAGAGGGAGCGCAACGACAAGAUGCAUCCCGCCACAAGCAGCGGACGAAAGCGUGCCCGCCACAGCAGCGGAUCGCGUGCCGAUUAA